CAGUUUUCUAUUGUGGCGUCAAUAUCAGCUAUCUCGCUUGCAACUCCGUGCGCACUGCGCAUGUGUGAAAGAGAUACAGGAAAAUUUGUUGCGUUUGAAGUAAACCAGACAUUCGUAUCAGCUGACAACCAAAGCAAAACAGUCGGUGCGCGACCAUCUUGUCAAAACUGGAGUCUGUGACAACAAAUAAAUAUUUAAAAUGUCCUAAAUCGUUUGUAAUGACUUAACAUUAUAUUCGUAUCUAGUAAAGUAUUGUCGGUAGUUUGUUCUAGUGUCGUUUUAAACGAGCGUACUAUACAUUUUACUCAAUAAUUCGGGUUUGUGUUGCGUCAAAUGACGUCAUGUAUGUGAUUAUACACGUAUCACUGGCGAGUUCAUAGCGCACAAUGCACGAGCAGGAGGGCGAAGGAGAGCCGGCGCACCACGCGCGGCGGCCUAUGAACGCCUUCCUCAUUUUCUGCAAGCGGCACCGCAGCGUCGUGCGCGACCGCUACCCCAACCUGGAGAACAGAUCCAUAACUAAGAUUCUGGGCGAAUGGUGGGCUAAUUUGGACAAAGAAGAGAAAUCUUGCUACACGAGUCUUGCUAAACAGUAUAAAGACGCAUUCUUCAGCGCCAACCCUGACUUCAAGUGGUACAAGUUGCCCGCGCCCCCGCUGCGCACGCUCUCCUCGCGGCCGCGCGACACCGACAAGACUGUCGAGUCCCCCGGCGACUGCCACUACCCCGACCUCGAGAAGACCAACAACAACUCCACUAAAGUAGAUCUAAACAAGAAGCCCGCCGACGAUGCCUUUCACAAUGACGCCAAACCGUUGUCGAUGUUUACGCCGGGCAAGCUCGCCGACGAAGCCCAGAUGGGAGGCCUCAGCAGCCUCCUUGCAACUAAGACUGAAAUACAAACCCCCAAUCCAUACUACUCACCCCCCUCGUUUAAGUUUAGCGCGAUCUCAACACCCAUGGAAGACCGAUCUCAACAUAUAAUGAAAUGUAAUAGAGAUGACGAACUGCAGGACGCCCUCACAGAAACCACCAGGAUAUUUGAAGAGGAUUUCGAUGAGAAGGGACAAAUAUAUCGAUACGGCGUCCCGAACGAUCAAUUCACUAACCAGGACGUCAUCAAUCAAAUCGUCGACAAGAGGUACUCCACCGAGGAAGGGUAUCAAAGGAAUUGGUCCGACGACGAGAAAUCCAAAUCCGGGAGGACUUGCAAAGGCAAGCGCUACCAGGAAUUCAUGGCCGUCGGGGGACUGAUAGUGAAUAAGCGACCGAGACGAGACUUCGGCGACAAAACGCCAGACGAAAGCUACAGCGCGUCCUGCAGCUGGGAUCCUGGCAACUCCUACGAGGAAUCUUACAUCGACGACUUGAAACCGAACUACGUGAACGAGGUCGUCAUAAAAGACGAAGUAAAAUACGAACCGGCCGACGCCGUCGAGCCGGACAACAACUCCAGCAAAACAUUCAAGGCCGCCGACUUCGACUUGGACGCCAAGAUAAGAGCGCUGCCCUCCCUCAGCUUGGAGAAGUUCCUCCAGAAGAAGCGCGAGAACAAACGCAAGAAGAAAACUAUCAACCUGAAGCCGAAGGCGCUCGAGACGUCGCAGAUCAUAAACUCGGUGCCGCGGCCGCCGUGCGACGAGCGGCGCGAAAUGGCGGAGAGGUGGCGCGACCACGUCAUCGGCAGCCAGAAGCGCAAGCCGAGGAAGAUCAGCAUCACGCGGCUGGAGGUGAACAGCAUGGUGUCGUGCGACACGACCGGCAUCGCUGAGACCAGCCCCGAGAUGAAACUGGCGACGGAGGCGCCGUGCGGCGUGAUGGCCGGCAUGGAGGCGUGCGGGCAGGCGCAUCACAGCGCGGGCCUGCUCGCGCUCGCCACGCUGGCCGAGGUGGCCGCCAACACAUCUAAGAUAGAGGACCCCGCCUCGGCCCCGGCACCCGCCCCUGCCCCUGCACGCGGCGACCGCACUUCCGAGGUAUAAAAUACCGAUACAUAGCCUUAACCGAUAUUCCAAAAAUUAUUUACUCGAUAAUCAGAUAAUAUUUAUAUAUAGAUCUACAUUUUACAUGGUACGCAUAAAGAAAUAAUAUUAUUGUACACGUUUUAAUUGUAGUUUUUAUAAAUUAGAGAUAGAAUUUAUUUAUAUAGAGAUAGAGAAGAUUUAUGUAUACCUGGGUUGAGUUCGUGUAGGUCGCGAUGUUCCGCUUUAUAGGAAUAAAAACUAAGGGUGAUAGAUAUAUAAAUAAAGUAAUAUAAAUUAUCACAAGAAUAAAAGAAGCAUAAUCUAUUUUGCAUGUAAAAACAUAUUAUCAGAUUUUGAAAAUACGGCGGGAUCUAUGAUGUUGGUCAAUUAAGGAAAUCGGAACACGCCGUAUUCGAUUUAUAUAUACAUAUUAUAUGUAUACACGUAAUUAUGUUAUAUUAAAAAUAAAAUGCCAAAAAUAAGUCAUUGUAAAAUCAUAAACCUCAUUAUGUGUAACUUAGGUUAUUUAAAUCGCCUUAAUAUAUAUAUAAUAAUGUCGCAACAGACACCACGAGCAUAGACUGCGUUGCAUUUUAAGGUGACUUGUUUUUUGUUUUGUUUAUCAUAGUAUUGCAUGUUUGCAAACAUAAUGUAACAUUUACUUAAGGCACUUGUACAGUUGUGUUUUUAUCACAAAGGCAUUUUGUGUUAAAAAUUAGUGAUAAAUAUUAUAACAACGUUAAUGAAUUAACGUUUUGUUAUUGAUAUUAUUUGUUUAAGAGAAAUAACCUUUUGAUAGGUUUUCCAUCGUUGCAAAUAAUUUCCAAAUUAACAGUCCAUUUUGUGGGUGAAACUGACAAACCUUACCUUGUGAUAAAUAUUUAUGCUAGUGAAAAACUUUACAAUUAUACAUAGACGAAAUGUCACAGACAAAUAUAGAUUAAAAAUUAAACUGGCUAUGUGACAUUUUGUUUAGGCAUAGAUUAUUCAGUCCCAGGUUUUACCAAUCUGUUUUAUACGAGAUCUAUCACCACUCUACUAUAUAAAAAAAACUUAAAAAUUAAAAAAAAUAAUAAUCUUUACGUUCAAGUACGUAAAUCCUGUCCCAAUUAGGUACCUGAAAAUUAUCGAAAAUUUUCAUGAAUACUUUUUUAAGAGAAUCAUUGCUUCAUUUUUAUUUAUAAGCUAUUUUAUUCUUCAUCAAGACCUUUCAUCACUUAGUAGUUCGUCCCAGAACAGUGUUUCUCAAAUAUAUUUUUUUCUAUGUUGUUUAUUUUUGUGAUGGAUUUUUAAUGGCCUCUGUGAUCAAUCUGUUAUUUUUCCUAUGUUUAAAUUAAAUUAUACGGAAGGUGGUUGGUGCGAUGCUUACGUUGCAGGUCUAGUCUAGAAUAGUAUUUUUUAUAAAAUAUAAUCAAGUACUAAAUUCGAAAAGUGCACUUAUUUAAAGUAACAAACAAUGACACAAGCCAUAAUAUGACAUGCUCAUCCAAAGACCAAAUGUAUUUAUAGAGAAACUAGGCAUUAGAAUAAUAGUAUGUAAUAUAUAAGUGAUAUAUAAUUAGUAUAUUAUAUAUUAUAAUUAAUAUAUUUUAAUAACCUCUAAUCGUUAUGGCAACAUUGUCAGAUUUCUGUAGUUUUUU